AUGUCCUUUUGUGAAUAUCCCAGUGUUUCAUUAUCUGAGAGACCUAUUGUGGACUUAGUCCCCCGAUGGUGUUAUACAUUAAAUAUCCAGGAUGGAGAAGCCACAUGCUACUCACCAAGAGGAGGAAAUUAUCACAGCAGCCUGGGCACUCGUUGUGAGCUUUCCUGUGACCGGGGCUUUCGACUGAUUGGACGGAGAUCCGUGCAAUGCCUGCCAAGCCGCCGUUGGUCUGGAACUGCCUACUGCAGGCAGAUGAGAUGCCAUGCAUUGCCAUUCAUCACGAGUGGCACCUACACGUGCACAAAUGGGGUGCUUCUUGACUCUCGCUGUGACUACAGCUGUUCCAGUGGCUACCACUUGGAAGGUGACCGCAGCCGAAUCUGCAUGGAAGAUGGGCGAUGGAGCGGAGGAGAGCCUGUAUGUGUAGACAUAGAUCCCCCCAAGAUCCGUUGUCCCCACUCCCGUGAGAAGAUGGCAGAGCCGGAGAAACUGACUGCUCGAGUAUACUGGGACCCACCCCUGGUGAAAGACUCUGCUGACGGCACCAUCACCAGGUUGAUACUUCGGGGCCCUGAGCCUGGCUCUCACUUUCCAGAAGGAGAACACGUGAUUCGUUACACUGCUUAUGACCGAGCCUACAACCGGGCCAGCUGCAAGUUCAUUGUGAAAGUACAAGUGAGACGCUGCCCAACUCUGAAACCACCACUGCAUGGCUACCUCACCUGCACCUCAGUGGGGGACAACUAUGGUGCCACCUGUGAAUACCACUGUGAUGGAGGGUAUGAGCGCCAAGGGACCCCCUCCCGGGUCUGCCAGUCCAGCCGCCAGUGGUCAGGAUCACCACCCAUCUGUACUCCUAUGAAGAUUAAUGUCAAUGUCAACUCAGCUGCUGGCCUUCUGGAUCAGUUCUAUGAGAAACGGCGACUCCUCAUCAUCUCAGCCCCUGAUCCCUCUAACCGAUAUUAUAAAAUGCAAAUCUCUAUGCUACAGCAAUCCACUUGUGGACUGGACCUGAGGCACGUGACCAUCAUCGAGCUGGUGGGGCAGCCACCUCAGGAAGUGGGGCGCAUCCGGGAGCAACAGCUGUCAGCCAAUAUCAUUGAGGAACUCAGGCAAUUUCAGCACCUCACUCGCUCCUACUUCAACAUGGUGUUGAUUGACAAGCAGGGAAUUGACCGGGAACGCUACAUGGAACCUGUCACCCCCGAGGAAAUCUUCACGUUCAUUGACGACUAUCUACUGAGCAAUGAGGAGCUGAUCCAGCGCCGGGAACAAAGAGACAUGUGCGACUGAACUUGAGUCGGAGCAUGGUUGAGGUCAAGGGAAAAUGUUCCCUGGUCAGCCAAAACUGGGGCCUAAUCAAAGGAGAAAAUGCUUUCCCACAGCUCUGAGGAAAGGACUCUAAGGUGGGUGAGGUUCCCUGAUCCUGGGACAUUUCCAGACACCUUUCCUCAAGCAAGUCUCUGCUUUACGUAGCACUGGAAGAGCAUAAGAAGCUAGGGAGGGACUGAGGACAGGCCCUGGGCAGCAGCUUGUGGAUAGAAGGUCUUGCUUCUGCCCAGCUCUCUAAAAUCUUUCGGAGAAGUAAAUUCUAAAUUCACUCGCUAA